AUGGAGCAGGAGGAUGGUGCCGCGGGGGGCGACGGGCAAGGAUUCGAGCAUCCCCCACCUGGAUCUCAAAGCACCCUUCGAGUCCAUGCUCGCUAUCCAAAAGAGUACGGCCCCAUCUUCCAGAUGAUAUUUGCCGGCAAGCGCGAGAUAAGCGUCUGCACCAGGGAGCUGGCCCACGAAGUCUGCGACGAGACGCGCUGGCACAAGCUGGUCACGAGCGGCGUGUCGACGCUCCGGCAGGUGGUGCAAGAUGCUUUGUUUACGGCCCACCACGGCAACAGGCAAUGGGGCGUCACACACCGCAUCCUCAGGUCCAUCUUUGGGCCGCUCAGCAUCCGCGGCAUGUUUGGCGAGAUGAGGGACUGCGCCGAGCAGUUGUGUCUCAAGUGGGCGCGCCACGGCCCCGAGGAGCGAAUCGACCUGGCACAGGACUAUACGCGCCUGACGCUGGAUAAGAUAGCGCUGUGCAUGAUGGACUACCGGUUCAACAGCUUCUACCGCGAUGGCCAGCACCACCCGUUUGUCAAGCACAUGGUGGCCAUCCUCAGCGAGGCCGACAUCCAGUCCAUGCUCCCGGACUGGGCGGGCGUUUUCAGGCCCAGAGCCAUGCGCAAGUUCAAAAGGGACAUCCAGCUCAUGACGGACCUGUGCAGGGGCAUGGUGGAGGAGAGGAGGGCCCGUCCGGUGGCGAGGCACGACUUUCUCAACGCCAUGCUCAAGAACGCCGACCCGGAAACUGGCGAAAAGCUAGACGACGACGAGAUUGUGCGGAAUCUCAUCACAUUUCUCGUCGCUGGACACGAAACCACGUCGGGCAUGCUGUCUUUCGUGACGUACUACCUCCUCAAACGCCCCGAAGCCCUCGCCCGCGCCCAAGAGGAGGUGGACGACGUCGUCGGCACGGAGCAGAUCACAGUGUCCCACAUCCAGAAGCUCCCCUACCUGGACGCCGUCUUCCGCGAAGCUUUGCGCCUGAUGCCGACUACGGUAGCCUUUUACGUCACGCCGUACAAGCCAGAGUUGCUUGCAGGAAAAUACCUGGUCGAGCCCGGCGAGGCGGUCUGCUGUCUCCUGGAUCCCAUCCACCGCGACAAGGCCGUGUACGGCGACGACGCAGACGGGUGGAAGCCCGAGCGUAUGCUGCAGGAAAAGUUCGAAGCCCUGCCGGUAGAUGCCUGGAAGCCGUUUGGGAACGGACAGCGCAUCUGCCUGGGCAUGACUUUCACGUGGCAGGAGAGCAAGCUGGCCAUGGCCAUGUUGUUGCAGAACUUUGACUUGAGCAUGCAUGAUCCUGACUACAAGCUCAAGAUCAAGCAUCUGCUAACCAUCAAGCCCGACGGAUUCUACAUCAAGGCGAGGCUGGGACGCGGGCGGACGGCGACAGAUCUGCACAGGGAGCUGCGAGGGGAUGUGAGCCAAGAGGAUGUAAGCCCAGUGGCACCCAGCAUUGGCAGCAGGCAGAUCGCAACUCUCUACGGGCCAGACACGGGCACCUGCGAAGCCCUCGCCAACCGUCUGUCCUCGCACUUGUCCUCCAGGGGCUUCAACCCGACUGUGGCGACCAUGGACAGCGCCGAAAACCUGCCAUCGCUGUCCGUUUUCAUCCUGGGCACGUACCACGGCAAAGCAGCCGCCAACGCGAAAAGCGACCGGACCAAGACCUUUUAUCUCAUGCCACUGCUCCUCGACGGUCGGCUCGCCGCGUGCGGUGCCGGAAGGGUGCUGGAGAUGGGCAGGAUUAACAACGCCAAGGACGACGCAUUCGAGAUGUUGGACACGUGGACCGGCCAGCUCCUGGGCCGUCUGCAGCCCGACGCCGUAGCCACCAUGCCCACUGCAGCGUCGGUAACAGUGACCAAAACCCCUGGCCAGACACCCCAGCCACCCAGCCCUCCCCUAGGCUUUUCCACCGCCACUGUCACGCAAGCAAGGGCUCUUGUUGUCGAUCCAGCGACCAACCGCGUGGAGAAAGGCCACCUCGAGAUCCUGCUGCCCGAAAGCAUGGCUUAUAAAGCCGGUUGGCACGUUCAGAUCAUGCCGGUAAACGACGAGGUCAUGAUCCAGCUUGCUCUGUCCCGCUACGGGCUGGACAGCACCGAUAUUGUCACUGUCAGUUCGUCCGGCUUCAAGCUCGACAACGUGCCUGUCGAAAUCCCAACCGUCGCGUCCCAGAUUUUUACGGGACGGGACUUGCGUCGGGCCGUCGGUAACCCGGCUGUGCUGGACCAGCCUGUCAAAUACGCCGUCGACGACGCCACCCGAGCCCAGCUCGCUCAGAUCAAAUCAUCCAACCUCGAGGCCAUGCCGCAAAGCCUGCUCUCUAUUCUGGCAUCCAUCCCGCACUCCUCUCUCCCAUUGCCGCUCCCCAUAUUCUCGUCGUCUCCGACCCGCGGCGUGGGCUCAAACUACCUCGCCACCCUAUCUGCAUCGUCGUCGCUGUAUGUUUCGAUCCAAGAAGGCCAGCGAGACGCCUACCAGCGCUUUCGCCUGCCGUCCAACCCAGCCACGCCCGUCAUCAUGAUCGCCGCCGGCACUGGCAUCGCGCUAUUCCUCAGUUUCGUGCAACAGCGCUCUCUCUCGCCCGCGCCGGAGCCAAACAUGCUGCUCCUAUUCGGCUGCAAGACGCCCGCCGACGACCUCUACCGCGCCGAGCUGGACGCACUCUCCGGAGUCGUCACCGUGGACCGUGCCUACUCCCGCCAGGACGGGAAGUAUGCCACUGACCUGAUCGCGACGCGGAAGGACCUGAUCAGGAUGUGGGGUGAGGGCGCUGUCGUGUUUGUGUGCGGGGCCAAGAAACUGACCGAUGGUGUCAGAGAGGCACUUGCGCCUGUGCUGGGUGGUGACGAAGAGCGGUGGGAUGAAUAUGUCAGCUGGGGGAGAGGCCAAACAAGCUACAGCGGCGUACGUGGAGCUCAUACCAUCAAGCAGAUGUCGCACGAGCGCCGACACCAGUCCCAUGCCAAAAUGUGCUACAUCUACCAGGAUAUCCAGCAUUGCCGCUGCGUAAAGGCCAACGCCAAACGCUGCCCCCACGCAACCGAGCUCGACGAGGAGGAUGCGGACAUCGAGUUCAAUGUCAUCAGCCAUCUCCCUCGUAUAGGGUGGGUGGAAGUCCGCGGGACUGCGAGCAACGGCUGGUUUAGAAGGCACAAGAACUACCCGCCGACCUGCAGCGACUGGAUCAGCGAGCCCAUCGUCAAGUGGUGUGAAGCGUGCAAGAACGACUGGAACCUGCCCCGGGGCUUCUCGUGUCCCGACUGGGGCGGGAAUAUUGAGGAUCACCACCAUGUGGACAAAAUGUGCAAGCCGUGCAGAAAGACGCCGUCAUGCAAAGAGUCAGACCCAGAAUUUGAGGGGCAUGACGACAAGGGCUACAACGGCUACCUGAUGAGGAAGAAGGGCGGGGCGGUAGGGUGGGCUGAGGCCGAGGUGUAUAUAAGGAAGAAGGCGGACAGGAAAGAGGAGAGUUGUGUGAUUUUUUAACGAGCAGAUACACCAGAACUCCUCGUCUCCUCAAUGGCGCACACGUUAAAAACGCCAAAGACAG